GCUGACAAAGCCAACAUGGAUUUAAAAAAAAUCAUAAGUCUCUUUUUAUGUCUUUCAGUAAUCGAGUCUCAUCCAGACAAUGCCCAUGAUGACCUGAGACUGGAUCGUCCAUUCUCUAGUUUUAAAGAGUUUGUCGGGUCAUUUGAUCUUGCUUCUAUGACAAAACAGGACCACAUGCAUACGCCUUACCUUAUCCUUUUACACAACUACUUGGAGGAAUGGAGAAAAGAGCAUGACGGUGAGAUACCCAAGAACUACAAAGAGAAAUCUGCCUUCAAGGAAAUGAUCAGGCGAGGGAUUCUGGUCAACGAACAUGGCGUGCCUGAGCUGGAAGAGAACUUUGAUGAAGCCAUCAAGGCUGUCAACGCUUCCCUGACGAAGACCAGGAUCCCAAGCCAAGUCCAGGACAUCCUGACAGAUCCUGCCUGUACUAGUCUAACUUCAGAGAGUUCAAAUUACUGGAUCUUAGCCCAGGCAGUCAAACAGUUCACUGAGAAUGAAGGAAAUGGAGCACUCCCCCUACGAGGAUCUAUCCCUGAUAUGACGGCUGAUUCCAAGAGAUACAUACAGCUCCAAAAUGUGUAUUUAGAACAGGCAAGACAUGAUGUGUCACAGGUAUCAACGCGCAUACAACAAAUAUUAGCUGCUCUAGGGAGGUCUCCAGAUAGUAUACAAGAGUCUGAGAUCCGUCUGUUUUGCAAGAAUUCAUCCUUCCUGCGUGUAGUGAGGUGCAGGGCAUUAGCAGAUGAGCACAUACCAGAGAAGGUUAAUGUAGCUGAUAUAGCCAUGAAUCUUGAGAACCCAGACAGUGAGAUGUGUCUUUACGUGGCGUUGAGGGCGGUAGAUAAAUUCUAUAAUCAAUACAACCAAUAUCCUGGCUGGUAUGAUGACCAGAUAGAAGAAGACUUUGGAAGAUUAAAGGCAUGUGCUAACAGUUUACUACAGGAAUGGAAUAUAAGUGCAACCAUUAAAGAAGACUUCAUCAGGGAAAUAUGUCGAUACGGUGCGGCUGAACUCCAUUCAGUUGCUGCAUUCAUUGGAGGUGUUGCUGCUCAAGAGGUCAUCAAGGUCAUCACUCGUCAAUUUGUGCCUUUCAAUAACACUUACAUAUAUAAUGCCGUCAAUGGAGGAUCGGCUACUUAUCAGAUGUGAUAACAUGACAAUGACUGCAGACUGUGUGGAUAGCAGAGACUUUUGCCUCAAUUUCUGGCCCUGACAACUUCCCAUUUCAGGUUUUACAGACUUAUACAUGUAUAUUGUAAAGCACACAUAGGGCUUUGCUAUAUUCUGACUGGCAUCUUUGAGAUAUGCCUGUACAGGUCGACUCUUUGAGAAAGCUGGAUACCUGUAAUGGGACAGAUGGCCCUACUAGAGGACAACUGCAAGGACAAAUAUGUACAUGUGCCUGUGACUCGAGGUACCGGCCUUGAUGACAUCCUUGGAAAUGCAUCUCAUCCAAAAGGGAGCUCCUGAGCAACAGCAACCUUGAAGAUAACAUACCAGUUGCUGGACGAGUUGCAAGGACAAAUCUUUUGAUAUCAAUUUUGAAAUGAAAAGAACACCAUAAUACCAUAUCAUGAGUCGACAUUUAAGACUUGCAUAAGAUUUUUUGAGUUGGGUAUAAAUACAGGUGUUCCUGCAAUAUGCCCCUGAUUAAUCAAGGAUUAUCAGAAUGAUGGUCCUGCGUGCAGAUCUAUCUAAUCAUUAUUGAUAAAAUGAGUUAUAGUGGUAAGUUUUUACCUUAAUCUUAAAUCAUACAGCCUUGUAGAUUUUAUCGCACACUACCACUGUGCAAAUUUUCGCAGCGCUCGUGCGAUCGACGGGCCGAGAUCUCAGGGGGGGGGGGCAGAAUCUGCCUCCCUCGGCUGUGAGAUGGGUUCAAAUAACCCGGCUCUUUUAGGGUUAAAGGCAAAGUCCACCCAACUGACAAGUUGCUUGAGUGAAUAGAGAAAAUUAAACAGCUAUUGUGCUGAUAGUUUCAUCAAAUCUGAUGAAAAAUAAGUUACUGCCAUUCAAUAUUAGAAUUUUGAGUAUUUUCAUUUAAAAAAGGGUAUGGUAGUGUGUCCAAACUUUACGCAUGUCCAUUUUUCAUGCUUGGUCAUUUAUCUCAGGAAUUAUUCCCAAUCCAUAUCUUACAUCACCAACAUGAAAAAAAGCAACCUAGAAUCACCCUGUAAUGUAAAUUUCUAUUAAAGGAGAUCAGUAUUUGUGUACAUAUUGACAAAAUAUCAGCACAUUUGUCACCUCUAGCGUGAGUUACAAGAAAAAUCUGAAUUUUUCAACAAUAGGGAAAUCACGAACUUGCAAGCAGAUAUCAUCAUACAUGUGAGUAAAAUAUAAACCAAUUGUAUAGCAUUUUGCCGUCCAUCCAAUAUAUCUCACUUUUUGUGCUUGAUAUUUUAUUGUAUUAUCUGUUGUGCGCAAAAGGAGGUUACACUUUUUUCAGAACCGUUUUGCAGCACAGCGUGCACUCGUUGAUCGGCAUAGAAUUUUUAGAUCGCGAUGCUGGAGAAACCUCUUGACCUACUCGACACUCUCAUUGAUAAAAUAUACAAUUUUGCCAUCAAUUUGGUAGCUAUUUAUAUUGGUUUUUGUAAAAAGACAUAUUUUGUAAUUUUACCCUGGUGAUAAUUUUUUAAUUGUGUGCAAAGUUUGGACACCCUAUCAUAUAUGCACAACACAAGUGAUAUGAUAAUUACAUGUGGGUCAGGAUGACCUCACUAGUCACUUUGUAUUCUGUUUCAAUUAAUAUGAAGUAACUUUUCCCUCUUAAAUUGAAAAAAAAAUGGUUUUGACUACACUUUUAACAUGUGGGAAAAAGUGUGUCAAAAGGAACUUUUUGCAGCAGAGAACUGAAGGAGUUGGAGUAAAUUCCCCUCUCCCUAAACUAUUGGUCUUUAAAAGCCCAGUUAAAAUAAGUAACCACUACCAGCAAGUGGCAUUUAUUAUAAUGAUAUUCUUCAGUUUUGUUUUGUUCUUUUCCUUUCGGGGGGGGGGGGGUGUUGCUCUGAUACCAACAGGUUGAGGUCUGUUGUUUUUCACAUUUCUAUAGACAUCGAGAAGAGAAUUGCUCAGCAGGCUAUUUUUUUACAACACAAACAAAGUGUUAUUUUGUGAUGACAUCACAAUCAACUGUAGUGUUUCCAUGUAAGGAAGUGUGACAUACGUUAACUCAGAGCCCUGGAAUAUAGCAUGUAGGUUCAUGUAACUUUGAUCAUGUACUCCUUAGGAGUGAAAGUUUAUUAAGUUGAAUAAAUAUUGAAUUGAAAUAAA